GAUAAUUUCUUCGCUAGUUUUCCUCCUUGCGUUCACAAAACCAAAAGCGUUCUUCCGGCAUGUACCUGCUACGWUACKGUGCACAUUGAGAYUCAAAAGAGGACGUUUUGGUGAUCUCCCGCCAUUACUUGAGAGGCCACGCAAUCAGAACAUUUUGACUUUCAUCGAAACUACCCUUGUGCAGUAUCUGUAUUCUUCUGURUGAUSUGCACCAUUGCCAUGAAUGGGUCCGGGAAAAAWUUCGCCAAAAAGUCGUGGCUCGUCAGCUUCUCAAUUCUUGGAAUUGCAACAACCGCAGUAGCUGUUGAAUAUCAUCCCACAAGUACCGCCGGAACAUCAUCUAUCGAUAUCGUACGCUCGGACGUUAUCGACCCAUCUAGUAGUGAGAAGCUUCCUCUUUUACGAGGGGGAAAGACGACGAUCUCGGACAKCAACCCGACGGUAACGAUACCAGAAGAAGAUCAGCCGGAAAGAAGAAGACGAUUAGGAGUUUCCAACAAAGAGUGUAUACUCUACCAGAUCGAUACGGAGUUUGGGACAGGMGAAGAUCACGAACAAAAAGAGGAAAAAUCUUCGGAAGAUUUCAUCCUUCUUGGAGCAAUCGAAGGAGCMGACGACCCUUUCAAUCCAGAGAAAACAUGGGCAUGCCAGUUUGACAAACAAUACGCCCUAGAAGUUCUCGGUCUCUCGGAUCCCCUCGUGGACCUUAUCGGAGUACCACUCGCYGAUUUUGGUACUCUUGAGGAUUCGCAUACGAUAACGAAUGACUUUCUUAGCAGACGGCGCAACCGCCACGUAGAAAGCGGAAAGACCAUCAUGACCUUCAAAAACGCCAUCAUCGAUCGCAAAGACAACACGAUGUACGUCGAUCUUCYGUCUACAAAGCUGGAGACACCGGGGUAUACGCAGGACGACACCCRUCGCCGUCUAGCGCCUCCUACGAUCGUUCCCUUCGCCGGGGAGAAGAGGACACUUGUUGUGCGUCUGACCAUGGCAGAUGCAAUGUACCUGGAGAGUUCUAGAGGGGGGCCUGCCCUUUCGGAACACGAUGUUCGAAAGCACGUUUACGAAAACCCCGUUUCGCUCAAGAGGAAGUACGAAGAAUGCAGCUACAACAAAACAAAGAUCGUGCCSUUCGACGGAACAACGGAGAGCAACGCAAGGGUACAGGGAGGAGUCGCGACGAUCGAAUUGCCCCGACACCGAUCCGAUGAAAUCCAGCAGGAAAUCGACGAACUCUCCGGAGCUGUUCCGCGGGCGAAACUCGUGCGGUAUGCCCGCGAAGCCGCGGAAUCCGAGCUGGGCGACCUCGAGAAGCAGUUCGAUUUCGUGUUGUUUUGUCUGCCGGAGGGGGUGACGGGUUUCUUGGCACUGGCCAUUCUCAAUCGAUUUGAUUCCUACUACACCAGUCCGUGGUGCACGCGYCCUUCCUUUCAGCUCCACGAGGCCGGACACAGCAUUGGGAUGGACCACGCCGGCGAAGAAGGCGUGUACGACGACAAGGUUGGGUACAUGGGAUUCAGCUACAACAACGUGGAUGGGCCAAGCAUGUGUUUCAAUCCUUCCAACAACUACUACCUAGGAUGGUACGAGGAGCAAGCCGAUUGGUACGAUCCACUCUCGGAUGUAUCGCCCCAGGGCAGAAAGUUUCUGAUGGUUGGCGUGGACGACUACGAUCCGACAAAAACCGUGGCCAAAAUCAACCAUUCGAAGCGCCAUCCGGUCACCGUCUCGGAACUCGUGGUCCUGCAGCUCCACCAGACGGACGAAGAUACCGACUUUUACAUCGGAUACAACCGCAACACGGGGAUCAAUUCCGGAACCUCGGAGAACAUAAACGAGGUGCUGAUCCUCCAACGAAUGGGCCUGGCCAACCAAUCGGCAACGACGAAGAAGAUCGCGACCCUCAAGCUCGUCGGAGACAUCCACGAGAUCCGGGACUUCAACGGAGAAUCCGGGCGCUCCGUCUAUGUGUCUUUCGAAUCGCUGGCCCCGAACGGGACGGGCGUCGUCGUGCGGGUCUCGAGGGAAAAGCCGGCCCCGAUCGAAAAGCCGGCCCCGAUCGACCCGGACGCCCCCGUCGACCGAGCGGACUUUUUGUGGAAGGGCAACCCCAACCGGGACUGCACCUGGGUGGGAAAGAAACCRGAGAACCGUUGCCGGAGGUCGUGGAKGAAGAAAASCGUGGGUGCCCACUGGUGUCCGGCCACCUGUGCCGGUGUGGACAUUACGGUGGUCGACAUCGACUGCAGCAGGGCCUUCGACAAGCCGGGCUUUGAUUUCAACUUCGACUCGAGAAAGAACUGCCAUUGGGUCGCUGCGAAGAAGAAAAGGCAAAGGAAUCGGGUGUGCAAGACGAAACACAGAGGGGAAAGUGUUGCCACGUUCUGGUGCCCCAUGGCGUGCAAGCGCUGCCGAGCGUAGGAGCCAGGGGGWCAUUUACGUWCGAAAGAAUCAUAGAAGCCGUUGUAAAAUAAAAUAMAAAWUAAARU